ACUACCCAACUAGAAAAGUAUCAAAUCAAUGAAAUGAUGCGCUUUUACAAAAUUUAUCAUCGGCUUUCUUUCCUCACUCUCUCCCCUCUAACUCCUCCUCCUCCUUUUCUCUCUCUCAAACUUGCCAGACUAUCUUCGUUUCGAAGGCCAGGCCACCUGGGAACUCACUCUUCGAACACCGCCAGAUUUUGCCCUAUCAUGACUGCUGCAAAUUCUAGGCUCGGCAAUCUCGUGCCGACAACCGCUUUUGCAGCUGAAGAUGGUGGCGGUGGCUCCAAUGGCUCCGUUAAUUCUUCAAAUAAUACCGCUGAAGAUGACGAAGCAUUAGAAGGCAAGUAUCGACUUCCUCCACCAGAGAUUAAAGAUAUUGUUGAUGCUCCACCUCUUCCAGCAUUGUCAUUUUCACCACAAAGAGACAAAAUACUGUUUCUUAAGAGGAGAGCUUUACCUCCCCUGGCAGAACUAUCUAGACCAGAGGAAAAGCUGGCUGGUACGCGUAUAGAUGGAAAAUGCAAUACUAGGAGCAGAAUGUCAUUCUAUACUGGUAUUGGUAUUCAUCAAUUACUUCCUGAUGGUACUUUGGGGCCAGAGAAGGAGGUAUAUGGCUUCCCAGAUGGUGCUAAGAUCAAUUUUGUUACCUGGUCUCUUGACGGUAGUCAUUUGUCUUUUAGCAUCAGAGUGGAUGAGGAAGAUGAUGGUAGCAGUAAGCUUAGAGUAUGGGUUGCUGAUGUGGAAACAGGGAAAGCUAGGCCUUUGUUUCAGUCACAGGAUGUCUAUCUAAAUGCUGUUUUUGAUAAUUUUGUCUGGGUGAAUGAUUCUUCUUUAUUAGUUUGCACCAUUCCAUCAUCUCGUGGAGAUCCGCCAAAGAAACCUUUGGUUCCUUCUGGUCCAAAGAUUCAAUCUAAUGAGAUGAAAAAUGUUAUUCAGGUUCGAACCUUCCAGGAUUUGCUGAAAGAUGAGUAUGAUGAAGAUUUAUUUGACUAUUAUGCCACCUCACAACUUGUAUUGGCCUCUUUGGAUGGGACAGUGAAGAAGAUUGGCCCACCAGCUGUGUAUACUUCAAUGGACCCUUCCCCAGACCAGAAGUACCUUUUAAUCAGCUCUCUUCACAGGCCAUACUCUUUUAUUGUACCGUGUGGUAGGUUUCCAAAAAAAGUUGAAAUAUGGACAACUGAUGGAGAGUUUGUUAGGGAACUCUGCGAUUUACCACUUGCUGAGGACAUUCCCAUAGCAUUCAAUAGUGUGCGCAAAGGAAUGCGGUCAAUUAAUUGGAGAGCUGACAAGCCUUCAACACUAUACUGGGCAGAGACCCAAGAUGGUGGUGAUGCAAAAGUGGAAGUUUCUCCACGAGAUAUAGUUUAUACACAACCUGCUGAGCCAAUUGAAGGUGCACAGCCAGAAAUUUUGCACAAACUCGAUCUUCGCUAUGGUGGAAUUUCCUGGUGCGAUGAUUCACUAGCUCUAGUUUAUGAAUCAUGGUACAAGACUAGGCGAACGAGAACCUGGAUAAUAUCUCCUGGUUCUACAGAUGUAAGUCCACGUAUAUUAUUUGAUAGGUCAUCAGAAGAUGUUUAUUCUGAUCCCGGCUCCCCUAUGAUGAGAAGAACUCCUUCUGGAACUUAUGUGAUUGCAAAGAUAAAGAAGGAAAAUGAUGAUGGCACCUAUGUUUUGUUGAAUGGAAAUGGUGCUACACCUGAAGGAAAUAUCCCUUUCCUUGAUCUGUUUGACAUAAAUACAGGCAACAAAGAACGAAUUUGGGAAAGUGACAAGGAAAAAUAUUAUGAGACCGUUGUUGCUUUGAUGUCUGAUCAUAAGGAAGGGGAUCUAUAUCUUGAUCAGUUGAAAAUUUUGACUUCAAAGGAAUCAAAAACUGAAAAUACCCAAUAUUAUAUCCAGAGAUGGCCAGAUAAGAAAAUGUUUCAGAUUACAAAUUUUCCUCACCCAUACCCACAGUUGGCAUCAUUGCAGAAAGAGAUGAUUAGGUACCAGAGGAAGGAUGGAGUUCAGCUUACCGCAACAUUAUACUUGCCACCAGACUAUGAUCCAUCAAAAGAUGGCCCUCUUCCAUGUCUGGUAUGGUCUUAUCCUGGAGAAUUUAAAAGCAAAGAUGCUGCAGGACAAGUUCGUGGUUCUCCUAAUGAAUUUGCAGGCAUAGGUCCAACAUCAGCUCUUCUUUGGCUGGCUAGGAGAUUUGCCAUUUUAUCUGGGCCAACUAUUCCUAUUAUUGGCGAGGGUGAUGAGGAAGCAAAUGACAGGUAUGUAGAACAAUUGGUUGCAAGUGCAGAGGCAGCUGUUGAGGAAGUCGUUCGACGUGGAGUUGCUCAUCCUAGAAAAAUUGCUGUGGGAGGACAUUCAUAUGGUGCAUUCAUGACUGCAAACCUCUUGGCACAUGCCCCUCAUCUUUUCUCUUGUGGAAUUGCACGCUCCGGGGCUUACAACAGAACACUUACACCUUUUGGUUUUCAGAAUGAAGAUAGAACACUCUGGGAGGCCACAAAUACUUACGUUGAGAUGAGCCCCUUCAUGUCAGCAAAUAGAAUCAAAAAGCCAAUAUUACUUAUCCAUGGAGAAGAAGAUAAUAAUCCAGGAACACUAACCAUGCAGUCAGAUCGUUUCUUCAAUGCCCUAAAAGGUCAUGGUGCACUUUGUCGUCUUGUCAUUCUUCCAUUUGAGAGCCAUGGGUAUGCUUCACGAGAGAGCAUCAUGCAUGUUCUCUGGGAAACAGAUAGAUGGUUGCAGAAAUAUUGUGUGUCGAACACUUCUGAUGUAAAUGCAGAGCUUGAUGAUUCCAAAGAUGAUGUGAGCAAAGGAGUCACAGACCCUGAAGGGAAAGCAGUUGCUGCCAGUGGAGGUGGGGGCCUAGAGCUAGCAGAUUUUGAGCAUGAAGAAUUCCAGUAUAUGCCAAGAUCAUUGCUAUGAUAAUUUCCAAGCCCUAGAUGCUAAUUGAUACAGUUGCCUCCCCUUUUCAUCCAAGAUUUUUCCUAGUCUAGUUAUAAAGAUCUAUUUUGCUCCCUCACCUAUUUCUCACUUCAAAUUUUUAAUCUUGAAUACCACAACUGUGCUGUGUAGAUUGAAUUGCAGACUUGUAUCUCUUCUGAGGACUAAAACAGGAGCAGCAUCAGUGAGAUGCAACGGAUGUUGAAACAGGGUAAAUACCCUUCCCAUUGGAUAUGGAGAUGUGCAUCAAUUUAACAAUUUUCAUUCACAAAUCGACCGUGAAGUAUAUUCUUUUGAUCA